AACCCAUGAAGAAGCUCCUCGGCGCGCUCAUCGCUGCUUCCGCGGCCAGCUUUUCCGUGCUCCCCAACGCUUGGUCUGUAGAACUGGCACCACCGGCCGGCUGGCCCGACGACCUGAAUACGACCGCGCGGACAUCGUCUCUUUUUACCACGGUGCCGGAAGUCAUCGCUUCUUAUGUCACGGUGCCGGAAGACUGCGACAAGACCGUAAACGGCCGGUCCUGCAAGGACAUGAUGGAUAUGGCUUGCGAUUGCCUGCCUGCAGCCUGGCGUGCAGCAUGUGGCACCUGCUGCAGGCCACCAGGAAACGGACCAGGUCAAGCGUGCGACCCCAUCAACAACAACCAGUCCCGGAUGUGCACCUUUAAUAUUCUGUAUGGUAAUGGCCUCGACCCUUGCAGUUCAUGCGCAUGCAAAGAAUGUUCCUUGUGCCUCCAGUAGACCUGCUCACACUCUGCGGACUUGGACAAGCGGGCUUGUGUGCGCAGCUGUCGAAGGAAGUGGGUCAGAGCGACCAGUUGCCGGCCGCGUGGCGGUGCGCGACGACGUAAGGUACGUGGUCGGGCCUGGGCGCGCCCGGGAGCAGGGGUCGGCGCCGGCCGGCAAGCUAGCAGGGACACCUGUGGCUACGGACCACCGACGGUCCAUGACUUCCGACUCCCCCCUCCCAGACCUUUGCUAAUUCCGUCUUAGCGACGUGGGCGUUAGCUCUCGGAGGGUGUAGAUGGGCUUCGGGCAGAAGUGAAAUUUUGCUCCUGUGU